CUGAAGUCUCCCCGGGACAGUGAACUGAGUUUCCGGAGAGAGGUGCUAAGAAACGGACUGACCAGGACUUAAAGCUUAUUUAAAGAGGGAAACUGAGCUACUAUGUUAUAGUCUGAGGAAUCUACGAACUGACAAGUCUGUAAAUAAACCGGAUACUGAGUUACAUUGGGGUAUUUCAUUCAUUCAGCAGCAGAAAAAGAUUUCCCAGAUGGAAGUUGAAUGCCUGGCACUGAAAGACCUCACAAGUCCCAGAAAAAGUUCCCCGGUGGUGGAGGACGAUGGCUGCCACAGUGAGCAAAAGGAAAACAUCUGCACAGAUCGGAGGAGAUCCACGCCGCUGAAAUCCGCCGAGCCGCCCAUCCCCACGUCGCUGAAAAGCAGAAAAGGUGUCGCUCCCCCCGACCACAUCACCCCCAUCAAACAGGCGUCCCUCUCGGAGCCCUGGACACCCACGGCCAACCUGAAGAUGCUGAUCAGCGCCGCCAGUCCAGACAUCCGGGACCGGGAGAUGAAAAAGGUGCUGUUCAGACCCAUCGAGAACGAGAGGGAGACGCCGGUGGAGGAGGAGGCGGAGCUGGAGGACUCUCAGUUUGAAGCCGUGGAGGAAGAGGAGGACGCAGACAAAAAGCCCAGCAGGAAGCAGAAGAGUCUGGGUCUGCUGUGCCAGAAGUUCCUGGCUCUCUACCCUGACUACCCCCCCCUGCACAGCCCCAUCUGGAUCUCCCUGGACGAGGUGGCGACAAGUCUCGGCGUGGAGCGGCGGCGCAUCUACGACAUCGUCAACGUGCUGGAGUCGCUCACCAUCGUGGGCCGGAUAGCGAAGAACAGCUACACCUGGUACGGCCGUCUGCGACUGGAGGAGACGCUGGAGGAGCUGCAGCAGAGAGGGAGGCAGCAGGGGUACCACCUCCACGUGGAUCAACCCACCGAGGUCCGGGGGGACAGCGUAGGGCGGGAGGACGACGGGGCGGAGGGAGAUGCUGGCACCGCCGGCGGAAACAGGAAGGACAAGUCCCUGCGCAUCAUGAGCCAGAAGUUCGUCAUGCUGUUCCUCGUGUCCAAAACUCAGACGGUCACUCUGGACGCCGCCGCCAAGAUCCUCAUCGAGGACAGCCAGGACUCAUCGAGCCACAGCAAGUACAAAACUAAGGUGCGCCGGCUGUACGACAUCGCCAACGUGCUGACCAGCCUCGGCCUCAUCAAGAAGGUCCACGUGCGCGAGGAGCGAGGCAGGAAGCCCGCCUUCAAGUGGCUCGGCCAGGUGGAGUUCAAGAGCACCGGAAACCCCGUAAACCCACCGAUGGUCCCUGAAGCCUCACAGCCGGCCGCAGGUCAGGACCUCCGGAGGACCAAGAUGGCCCGACACGCCUCCUUCAACGUCACCCCCACCUCUGUGGCGGUGCAGCGGAGAGUCAACUCGGCCCCCAGCAGCCCCCGGCAACACCUCCCAGGUUUAGCGUUCCAGCCUGUGGAUUAUUCCAGAAAGACGAACAGCAACCCUGCAGUGUGUCGCCUGCAGUUUGGAAACAGCACUGAGAUCCGUCCAGCCUGCAUCAGCAGCAGACCGUCCUCCCCCCCGUCCCCUCACCCAGAACAGCUCCUCCCCUCCUCGCCCCCACCCCCACAGUGCCUGGCCUACCUGCCCAGCCUCUCUCAGCCCUCCCUGGUGAUGCUGUACCGCCCGGAGUCCGAGGAGAGCCGAAAGAGGAGGAGGCGGGAGGAAGAGGAGGAGGAGGGGGAAGUGAUGAAGAAGAAGGGGAGGUUAGAGGAAGAGAUGAGAGCCUCGCCUCGCAGUGAAGCAGCAGAAUCGACCCGCAUCGAGACCCCCGACCGGCCGGCGGGACAGGAGCCGGCGCAGCCUUCACACUACCUCUACGUGCCCAACAACGCAGGUCUGAACAGCCUGAACUUCCUGCUCUCUGCCAAUAAGUCCCUCCCCCCCAGCGGCGUCCACGCCCUGGCUCUCCCCUACGUCCUUGUCCCCUCCUCGGCCCUCUCUCACUACCCCCUGCUGGCCGGCGGCUCCGAGGACCCGAGCAAAGUGAACUUCAGCCUCCCUGCUGUGAUGUCCCCGGCUCACUUCAUGGUGGGGGGCGGGGCGCCGUACGGGCUGGCGGAGGUCGGCUGGUCACCGCUGACGUCGCCCUCCACUCCUGAGCAGACCCGGCCGUGGGGGGGCGCUCCACACUCUCCGUCGGGACAGAGGCACACCCUGAACAUCAGCACAGCAGAACCACUGACUCCUCACACCCCGAAGGAAACCCCAACAUCUGCCUCCAAGGCCUUCUUCCAGACGCCAGGGACUCUGGGAAAUGUAGUCAGCGCCGCGCCGGUCGCCAGGAAACGAGGCUCGGCUCAGAGGAGGCUGGACGUGGGACACCCUCCAGCCAGCUAGACCAAUCACCACUCAGGGGUUAAUCCUUCAAAAAAUGCUUUCCAACCAUUUGUGAUUUUAAGCUAAUUAUCAGAGAGCAUGCUGGGUACUUCAUUCUGCAGUGAGUGAAGCAUUAUUGCCAAAAUCACAGUGCCCUCCUGUGGUGGGAGUGUGUCACUGCGCAAUUAUAUUUUUAAGCCUUUAUUCCCCCCCUCCCACUUAUGAUUAUACGCCCAAUUGCUAUUUAUUAAUUUGCUGAUAUGUGUGGAUUACAGGGACUGUAAUGGAACAUUUUAUUAAGCGAUAUCUGACACAACGUCUGAGUAAUUAGGAGAUGAUUGUUGUUCGUUUGGCCUCGUCAGCUCGAGGUAUGAGAGGAAAUCUAUCGGCUGCAGAAAUACAAAUUAACACGGGAGGAAAUCACUACAGCCUCAAAGUGUCAGGGCCAGGCGUGGAAUUUCCUCAUUUUAGGGGCAAAGCCAUUUGGCCUUUUGUGUCACAAAUUGUUUUAGGGCUCAAAGGCCGUUUAGGGAGAAAUUAGGAUUUGGAACUUACAAAUAAACAACUUCACUUUCUGAUAAUAAAAACACGAAUGACAUGGAAAACAAAUGACUGUUUUACUACACUGCGCAUUGAAUAGAGUAGUUUUUCAUUCAAUGUGUGCGGCCCAAAUAAAUCACAAGAGGAGCAAAGCGCUCUCAGCCCCACUGACACAUCAUCUCAUAGGUCAGAGCUGAUUGGCUGUAAGUGUGUGUGCGAAAAGUGUAGUUAUGCAGAGGAGAGGAGAGGGCUUAGACUACAUCACCAGCAGUAAAUAAUACAGACAGAACAUGAAAGAAGUUGACCAUCUACUGGAGCUUUGGUGAGCGGAAGUAUAGGUUAUGGAUCGAUUGUUUUCCUACAGUCUGGUGUUUUCAUGCUGAGGCUUCAGGGUUGUUGUUGUUAUUGCUGAGUUUUGCUUUGUGAUAGCGCUCUUCACUCCAUGUAUUAAGGUACAAAAAGCCUUUAUAUAUCCAAGUUGUUCGUGCCCCACCAGUUUUGUACAUAUAAAAACGCCACUGGGUGAGGAGAAGGGAGGUUCCCAAAGAGAGAGAGACGGGGGAAUGCUAUGGGAGAGCUAACGGUAUGUGUGUGUGUGUGUGUGAUAAUUAUCGUUCUUGUUUGUUGUUCUGCCGUGGUUCCGGACGACAGUAACCCGUCUCAGAAGUGAAUAAACUCACGGACAAAAAGAGACACGAGGUUUUCUUACAGCGAGACGCUACGAUGAUGAUUGAAUGAUGCGAUGAUGACACGUGAGGUGCUCUCAACCAAUCCACGCUACAAGGACUAAUGCAGUUCAGAGCCCAGACACACGCUCCGACACUUUUAAAGCAACUUCGAGAUUUUAACAGAAUCAGGGCACAACGGCCAUGGUGUCCGUAGGACGUACAAUUAUUUUCAGGGCAUCACGGCCAGACCGAGGGGCAAUGAAGGCCAGGGCCGUCGUGGCCGCCGUGAAAUUCCCACGCUGAUCAGGACUCUUUGACGCACAGCAGACGCAUUAAAGACAAAUGUUCUUGGUUCUCAGGUACUUGAAUACUUCACAACAUGUGGAUUCAGGAGCGAUAUCAGAGUACUGUAAAGACUGUUAGAAUUCAUCCAGGGAAAGUCGUCGGUCGGACACAUCUGGGACAUUUUGGUCUCACAUAAAAGGACAAAACUCGGAUGCUUUGAAGACCACAUAAUCCCCCGUGUAUUCAUUCAUGUGCAUUGUUAUGUCGGUAAUUAUAUUCCCCUUUAUCCCACCCCCCACAUGCAGGAUGAUACAUGCUGUGUAUGAAAUGAUGAUGUUUGCACUGCUAGAUUUAGUGGUUUUGUGUCUCGAAUUUGUACAAAAGCCGCAGCUGUAGGUGUGAGCUCUUCUGAACCACUUUCACAAACUCAUUAAAAUGUGUGAUGUGA